GAGCGGAGCGGCCAUGGCGGCGCACCUCAGCUCGGGCCGCGUCCCGUUGACGGCGCUGAGGGAGGCCGGGCGCCGCGAGCUGCGCGCCUUCCUCGACAAGUGCGCCGGAUCCAAGGCCAUCGUGUGGGAUGAAUAUCUUACAGGCCCCUUUGGAUUGAUUGCACAAUAUUCUCUUCUAAAGGAACAUGAGGUAGAGAAAAUGUUCACCCUCAAAGGAGGUCACCUUCCAUCGGCUGAUGUCAAGAACAUUAUCUUCUUUGUCCGGCCCAGGUUAGAGCUGAUGGACAUCGUUGCCGACAACAUGCUCAGCGAAGAUAAAACCCGCUGCCCGCAGCGGGAUUUCCAUGUCUUGUUUGUGCCACGUCGCAGUUUGCUGUGCGAGCAGCGACUGAAGGACCUGGGGGUGCUGCAGUCCUUCGUUCAUCGCGAGGAGUACAGCCUGGACCUCAUUCCCUUCGAUGGCGAUCUCCUGUCGAUGGAGUCAGAAAACGCCUUUAAGGAGUGUUACUUAGAAAAUGACCAGACCAGCCUUUACCAAGCGGCAAAAGGUCUCAUGACGCUCCAGGCUCUUUACGGAACCAUCCCGCUGAUCUUUGGGAAAGGGGAAUGUGCACGGCACGUGGCAAAUAUGAUGAUCAGAAUGAAGCGGGAGUUUUCGGGGAUCCAGAAUCCCAUAUUGCCUGUCUUCGAUACCCUUUUGCUGCUUGAUCGCAACGUAGAUUUGAUCUCUCCUCUGGCCACCCAGCUCACCUACGAGGGCCUAAUUGAUGAAAUAUAUGGAAUCCAGAACACAUAUGUAAAACUCCCCCCUGAAAAAUUUGCUCCCAAGAAGCAGGGGGAGGGUGCGAAGGAGCUCCCUACCGAGGCCAAGAAGCUGCAGCUGAAUUCCGCGGAGGAGCUGUAUGCAGAGAUCCGCGACAAAAACUUCAAUGCCGUGGGCAGCGUCUUGAGCAAGAAGGCCAAAAUCAUCUCAGCUGCUUUUGAGGAAAGGCACCAUGCCAGGACGGUGGGGGAGAUCAAGCAGUUUGUGUCCCAGCUGCCACACAUGCAGGCUGCGAGGAGCUCUUUGGCUAACCACACCUCCAUUGCAGAACUCAUCAAAGACAUCACCACAUCUGAAGACUUCUUCGAUAAUUUAACAGUGGAGCAAGAAUUUAUGUCCGGCAUAGAUACCGAUAAGGUCAACAGUUACGUAGAAGAUUGCAUUGCCCAAAAGCAUCCCUUGAUUAAGAUACUGAGGCUCGUUUGCCUGCAGUCGGUGUGCAACAGUGGGCUGAAGCAGAAGGUCCUGGAUUAUUACAAGAGAGAAAUUCUCCAGACUUACGGCUAUGAGCACAUACUGACCUUAAAUAACCUAGAAAAGGCUGGACUUUUGAAGCCUCAGUCAGGCAGUCGAAACAACUAUCCGACCAUUCGGAAGACUUUGCGUCUGUGGAUGGAGGAUGUCAACGAACAGAACCCAAAUGAUAUUUCUUACGUAUAUAGCGGCUACGCUCCUCUGAGCGUGCGCCUGGCCCAGUUGCUUGCCCGGCCAGGAUGGCGGAGCAUAGAAGAAGUCCUAAAGAUGCUUCCUGGGCCACAUUUUGAGGAGAGGCAGCAGUUGCCAACCGGGCUUCAGAAAAAGCGUCAGCAUGGAGAAAACCGAGUCACUCUUGUAUUCUUUUUGGGUGGAGUGACCUACGCUGAGAUUGCAGCCCUCCGGUUUCUAUCUCAGAUGGAAGACGGGGGCACCGAAUAUGUAAUUGCCGCCACGAAACUGAUCAACGGAACAAGCUGGAUCAAAUCUCUGAUGGAGAAGCUGGAGCCCCCACCGUUUUAGAAUAAGGAGCAGCAAAAAGAGAUCAAGCGGGACGCGGCCGUGAUAGCAUUACGCUACGUAAUGGACGUGUUGAGCUGGAGAAGCUGACGCCUUAGAAAGCGAGAAGGGGAUCAUGGGAUGAAAUGUGACAGAGAAGACGGUUUCUAGGCUGCUUUCUGAAAUACAGACACAGGAGGAAGGCUCAGCCUUGCGAUCUGAGUUUGGUUUGUUCCCUUUCAUCACCCACAAGUAACACUCCUAGACUUUUUCUCACGGUUUCUUCUCAUUGAUGUAUAUUCCAGUCUUUCAGGACGUUUUUUUCUAACAUUUCCUCCUCCUCCCCGUUCUAUGGUUGGUUUGGUUUUCUUACUUCAGUCCACCGGUAUUCUUAAUUUUUCUCCCCAGAGAGUUAAUCAUGUUGGUUGAUUGUAACCUAGCCAUGUUCCUCCUCGGGCGGCCAUUCUGAAUCUUGAAAGUUUGUAAAUCUGUAACUGUCUUCAGUACCAUCAGUUCUGCCACUUAGAUUACACAGCUCUACCCCACUCAUCCUCUUCCCCUGAGAUUUGUUUUCUUGAUCUGUUUUUCACAAUUUUCUAUGGCAGAUCAUGGAAAUACUGCUUUCCUGCCCAUUUUAAAAUAUCCCGGUCCCUCCUCCUCAUCAAUACCUCCUUAAAUGCUUACAAGACUUUAACAUUGAACAAGCUUGCACAAUUUGCAGCGGACAUUAUUGUGAAUAGUGGGAGAAGAAUAUGAGAGGUUUUUUUUAUCAUCAAACCUCAUUCAGUUGUGAUCAAACGGGCAUAUUUAAAAAGCACUGGAAUACUACAUUUGAAAUUCAAGAAGAUAAAUGUUAUAAAGAUGCAAAUGCAGGCAUUA